GAGCAACCGUCGUUUUUGUUUUUCUCGUCGGCUUGCUGGAUAGCAGGACCUUCCAUUUGCCAUUUUCUUCGUCUAACUCUAAGCCACGUUCUUUCCUUCUUCUUAUCGUUCUCGAUAUGCGUCUCGAUGCUCUCUUGCCCCGACAGUCCAGCAGUUGCAUCGACUGUCCAGAGACACCCGUGUGCAGCUGCGCAGCUAAUCAAGAAUGCUUUCAGAUAAGCAGGGACUGCUAUACUUGCAGUACAUUCACGUGUGUUUCCCAGGAUAGCUCUUCGAGCAGCAGCAGUAGCUCUGGGGGUGUCAGCAAAGGUGCACUGGCUGGCGCAAUCGUCGGGGCACUCGUUUUUCUUGGCGGUGCCAUCUUUCUUUUCCUCUGGUGGCGUCGCUCAACUCGCCGCCGCCGUGCUUUGGAAGAGGCAGAGGCCAAGCCUGAUGCUCCUGCUCCAGCAGAGACCGUCCUGAACAGACCUGAUCCUACGGAGAAGCCAUCACCGACGUCAGUGGAACAGAAUACCGUCAGAGUUUAUUCAUCAUCAUCCAAUACCACUAUCGAUUUGGAUCCCGAGUCCCAGACCUCUUCGCAUCCUCACUCACCAGAAUCAACCCGUUCUAAUCCUUUCGAAGACAGCAAUUCUAUUCAAACUGCAGGAACUGAAGGGACUAACGUUAUACCCAUCGCUCUCGUACCCCCUGAUCCAUCAUCCCACGCCUCAUCGCAUUCCGAACUGUCUAAUAUUGCCUCCCCUGUCCGACCGCCACGGUCUCCAGACCUUAAUCUCGAACACGUUAAUGUCUCUCACGACACUCUCCGUACUCCCCAAGGUUACGCUUUAUCGCAGCGCUCAGGGGUGUCGGGGGUGUCUUCGCGGCAGUCGUACAUGUCCAAUGCAAGCUAUUCCAGUGAUUUCCUCAAUGAAGCACCUAUGAUUAUCACCCCCGGCCACGGCACCGUACGACAAGUGUUGGGUGUCGUCAAAGCGGAAGUCAUCAAUGCUCCUGGGCCCAAUGAUGGCUUGAGAACGCCUGGGACUGCCUCGCGGCCAAUGACCCGGUCACCUUUGGCAGCAACUUCAUUUGGGCCAGCAGAUAUCAUGAGCGGUGAUGAAUUGUUGGAAGGAAACCCGUUCAGUGACAGGCAUUCGUCCACUGCGACUACGCAUGCCACAUCACCAGAUUCCGUUCAAACAGCAUUUAGUCCGACAUCACCGACACGAGAGUCCAACCAGAUGAACUGGACCCCCGAUAGCCCUCUUCUUCCCUGGGCACAGGACGGCGAUAACAGCCGUCCGUCUAGUAUGAGCACACAGGCCGGGUCCAUUAUCGGUAUAGAGAAUGCCACCCGUGUCAAUGUGGGCCUUCUGGAUAGGUCACCAUCGUACAGGACUACGAAGGGCAGACUGGUCACUCCAUCUACUGCUGGUCUUGGGACUCUGGAGGAACAACAGCAGCGGGCUCUUGCGCACGCACAGGCCAGAGCGCAGGCGCAAGGACUGGACAAGAAUAAGAGGGCUUCGGGCUCAUCAGUCCUUUCUGCUACAUCUACCAGAGCCGAUUCAAUUCUGGAGUCUUUCCCCUUUGUACCUCCAUCUCCCAUAUCUAACAGACCCAUGAGAUCACCCCCGGUAUCACCUAUGGGUCAGAGUUUCUCCGGCGGGCCAUCUUCUCCCAAUGCACAGCAAUCGUUCUUGUCCUCCUCGACACAAGCUACCGUUGUCCCUUCUCUUCAGGGUAAUAGCUUCUCUGAGAGUGAGACAGAUCUACCAUCUCCACCCAGCAGGCGCACUUUGGGCCUGUCCACGGGGUCUCAACUGUCGACAGCAUCCUCUGGCCUGGGGUCUUUCCCGUUCCAGAUAGAUACAGGCAACUCGGGAGAGCCGUCGUCGAUGCCCUCUGUAUACAGUGGGCGUCAACGUGCAAGCUUGGACACUUUGGCUAUUACCAGUGACCUCUCUUCUUAUCCCCUUGGAUUCGACAGGGACAGUAUUCUUCCUCCUUCAUCUAAGAGGGGAUAAAAUCCCACCUUUCCAUAGUGAUGAACUGAUUUGUACCGAUGUACUACCAUUAGACUGGUCGGGUACCGGUACCCUAUGCUUUCUUUUCUUCCGUUUGUCGUAACAUAUCGUCGUUGGGCUCAAUCUGUCCUAUACUUAUAUCUUCAACGAUUGGCCCUAAACUUGCUUGCGAGUUGCUUUCAUACUGGGAUUUAGUAAGGAAUCGUGUGCGGUGCGUUAGAAUUUAUGUAGUGGGAGUACUUGGCAGUAAUACGCUGUUGUCGUGCUCAGUCUGAAAUGAUGAGCCAAUAGUUCCAAUGGUAUACAAGUACAUGGUCCUGAAGGGUAGUGUUGCAUUAUCCACCUAGUACCAAUUCAUACACAAUGACGAUGAUGUUGAACGCG